AUGUAUGUGAAAUGGUUUGAUACAGUAAUGUUUUACUAUGUGAUUUUAGUGUAUUUAGUGAAUGUCACUUUUUGUCAUUUUCAAAUUUCCCGCCGUUCCCCUCUCGUACCUCUCGUAGAGGACGGAACCCAGAUGACAGAUGCCGGCAUCUGCCGGAUUACAUUGCUGGGGACACUGCAGGAGGGACAUCGUGGGAGCUCAGGACAAGGUAAGUGACCGAGGAAUCGCGGCAGCGCCACAUGCUAAGCCCGAGUGUAGCUUGGGGUUACCGCUUGUGCUACACUCGGGAAUACCACCAGGGAGAUUAAG